CGACCUUAUUGAGUAACAGCCAUAAAAGCCAUUUAUGACCGUUUACGGCAUGCUAACAGCUUGGACGCAGGUACAAGAUCAAUCCGGGCUCCGAGUAAACUGCAGGCCUACCUGGUUAACACUUGUCCUGACAACAAAAUGCUUUGCUCGGAGGUGAAGAAAAGAAGAUAUAGUUAAAGGACAAAAACAAUAACCAGGCUGAUGACCUUGCUGCCGGGCGCGGUGUGGCUGCUGUUGGCCUCCUCGCUGGUGUUUUCUCCCCCCGUGUCUGCCGGAGCCUGUUCAGCUCAGGAGUUUAACUGCACUCAGGGGUUGUUAUGUGUGCCGGAGGACUGUGUGUGUGACUUCACCGACGACUGUGGAGAUGGCAGCGACGAGGGGAACUGCGCCAGACACAAGCGGUGCGACUUUGAGGAGGGAUUCUGUAACCUGAUCCCGAGCUUGGACACGCUACCGGGAUGGAUCAGAACCACUGAGGUCCAGGGACUCGAACACGACCACAAAAACAACACAUCAGCGUAUUUCCUGUCCCUUUCACCUGUGGGAGGAAACAGAACCACAGCAGACCUGACCAGUCCCGUCUUCCUGCCCACUCAGAGCUGCCAGAUGAGUUUCUACCAUUAUGUAGGGGCAAAACAUGGAGAUCUGCUGGUCUUGGUUCACAAUCUCACGCUGGGUCAGAGCACAAAGAUGUGGAGCAGCUCGGCACAACCACAGAUGAAAACGUGGCUGCGAACGGUGAUUCAGUUCUCCAGCAAUCACAGUUUUCAGGUGCUGAUUCGAGGGAAGAUUUCAGCCGACAGCGAAGCCUCCGAGGUCCUGGCCAUCGAUGACCUAUCCUUCAGUCCUGGCUGCCUGACUGUGACCGAGAGCACCGUACCUCCACCUGUUUGCCCUCCAUCAUGGUUUUCCUGUGGCGGCGGGGAAUGCAUCGAGGAGAGUAAAGUGUGCGACUUCACGCCACAUUGUCCCCAUGGGGAGGACGAGGCUGACUGCCCUGCUGAGUGUGACUUUGAGAGUGGUUCUUGCGGCUGGUAUGAGCUCACCCUCGGGGAUGGCUUUGACUGGGUCCGGGGCUCUUCUGAAGAGGUGCUGCCACACUACUAUGGACACCCACCGCCUCUGGACCACACUACAAACAGCACUGAAGGCCACUUCAUGUUUAUACUGAUGAACAGUAGCAGCCUCUAUCCAAACGCUGUUCUCAGAGGGCCCUGGUUCAAGCAGUCGGCCUCCGGGUGCACGAUGACCUUCUGGCACUAUAACUCGGGCAUAUCUGUGGGGGCGGCGAACAUGUACCUUCGAGUCAAGGGAGUCGAGAACAACACUGUCAUAUGGAGGACUUUGUACGACCAGGGAAGGCGCUGGAACCAGGCCACCGUACAGCUGGGCCGCAUCAACCAGCCGUUCCAGAUCGCUCUGUCUAAGAUCAGCCUCGGCGUGUUUGACGGUGUCUCCGCCUUGGAUGACGUCACCUUCAGGAACUGUUCGAUGCCGCCGGCAGUGGUGGAGUGCCCCACGCACACACAUUUCCACUGCGUGCACACCAAGGCGUGUGUGGAGCACUUGCAGCUCUGUGACCUUGUGGAUGACUGCGGGGACGGAUCCGAUGAGGAGGGAUGUUCUCCAGAGCUGCAGUGUAACUUCGAACACGGGCUGUGUAGCUGGACACAGGAACAGAGUGGAGGAGAUGUGUUCGACUGGACCCGCACCCAAGGCCCCACUCCCUCCUUCAACACCGGGCCCUGGAAGGACCACACUCUGGGCACCAGCUACGGCCACUACCUCUACAUUGAGUCCUCCGUGCCCCAGGAGUUCAAGGACACGGCUGUGUUGCUCAGUCGAGUCUUCAAACCCACCCAUCAGCGCAGCAACGACCUGUCCAAGAACCACCAACGCUGUGCUUUCCGCUUCCAUUACCACAUGUUCGGCUCCCAUGUGUUCUGCCUGGCAGUUUACCUCAGGACCUCAGCGACGGGCCGUGGGUACAUGGUGUGGGUGCGAUAUGGAGACCAAGGAAACAUGUGGCACAGGAAGACGCUUUACCUCAGCAGCGUCAAGCCUUUCCAGGUUUUGAUUGAAGGUACAGUCGGAGAUGAUUUUAAUGGGGACAUUGCCAUCGAUGACCUUUCCUUUCUGAACUGCGAGCCGUACGAAGGAGAGCUCUCCACACCGAACACCACAACCCCUACAGUGACCCCCCCAGCGCCCACAGUCCAGCCCCACAGCUGCCCUGAUGGACAGUUUGUGUGUGCGGCACAUGGGGAGUGUGUCGCCAACCACAAAGUGUGUGACUUCAGACGGGAUUGUUCUGACGGCUCGGAUGAAUUAAGCUGUGCGAAGGAGCAAUGUGAUUUCGAAGGCGGUGACACUUGUGGUUGGUUGGGCGCCUACCCCUCUCUGGUACCGACCCACACAUUUCGCUGGUCGGCUGACCAAGGGGAGAGCAUUCAUGACGGAGAGCAGUACCACCGUCCUGUCAACGACCACACCAUGGGCAGCCCAGAGGGUUGGUACAUGUAUGCGGACAGUUCAAACGGUGGCUACGGUCAAACCACCGACCUCCAGACACCCGUCAUCUCGUCCACCGGGCCACAGUGCACUCUGGUCUUCUGGUACUACAUGAGCGGCUUCACAGUCGGAUCGCUGCAGGUGCUUUUGAAACGCGGAAAUGUCUCUCAUGAGGUUUGGUCUCAGAGCGGUAACCAAGGCAACAAAUGGAGGAGAGGAGAAGUGUUUUUGGGAUUGUCAGACAACUUUCAGGUGGUGUUCAGGGCGAAGCGAGGGAUCAGCUACAUGGGCGACUUGGUGAUCGAUGAUGUCAGCUUCCUGCACUGCUCCCCUCCUCUUCCUUCAGACCAGCCGUGCACACCUGAGCAGUACGCCUGCGCUAACGGCUACUGCAUCCCUCAGGACAACCUGUGUGACUUCAUCAACCACUGCGGGGACAACUCUGACGAGGACCCCUACAUCUGCAAGGGCUUCAGCGUGCGCUGCAGUUUUGAGUUCGACCUCUGUUCCUGGCGUCAGAGCCGACAGGAUGAUGUUGAUUGGCUUAUAAAAGCGGGCAGCACUCCCACAGUUGGCGCAGGGCCAUCGAGUGACCACACCCUGAGGGACCCCUCGGGGCACUACCUCUACCUGGAGAGCUCCUUCCCACAGGCAGCCGGAGACACCGCCCGCAUAACAGGACCUUUACUGAGUCGCAGGAGCUCACAGUGCAAGAUGCGUUUCUACCUCCACAUGUCCGGAGACGGCAUCGGGACCCUCAGUGUGUUCAGGAAAAGCAAAGGAAGCCUUCAUCGCCUUCUGAACGUGACGGGAGAUCAGGGCAACUACUGGCAGAUGAAGGAGAUCCCGCUGAGUGACACCGGGGACUUCGAGGUCAUGUUUGAGGGCAAAGUGGGCCGAAGUCCAAAGGGUGACAUCUGCCUGGAUGACAUCACUUUCUCUCCAGGGUGCCUGCUUGCCUCCUCUGCUGGAGUAGAGGACACUCCUCCACCUCCUGCAGGCUCCUGUCCUUCAGGCUUCCUGCCUUGUGAAAAUGGCCGGUGUUUCACUCCGGGGCAGAGCUGCGACUUCACAGAUGACUGUGGCGAUGGCACUGAUGAAAGGGAUUGUGGCACUUCCUGCUCCUUUGAGAGCGGUUGCUGUGGCUGGAAGAGCUCUCGGGCGGAUAAUUUUGAUUGGACGCUGGGGACGGGAUCUAUUAAAAGAUUACGGCCUCCGUAUGAUCACACGCUGAUGGAUGAAACUGGUCACUUUGUCUACCUGGAAGCGACACCGGUUGGACUCAAAGGCGACAAAGCUCAUCUCAGGAGCUCUGUGUUGAAAGAGUCGAGCGCCAUCUGCAAGCUCUCCUUCUGGUACUACAUUUCCCACAUGGCCACAGGAACAAUCCGCCUGCUGAUUAAGACGGAGAACGAGUUGCGGGAGGUGUGGAACAAAACAGGGCAUCAAGGGAACUACUGGAACCGUGCGGAGAUCCCCCUGAGGAAGCUGAGGAACUUCGAGGUGAUAUUUGAGGGGAUCCGCUCGAGGGACGUGAGCGGAGGAGCCGCCUUGGACGACCUGGAGUUCGUAGACUGUUCCCCAAAUAUUGUCGAGCCGGUCAGCUGUCCCGCGGUCACAGACUUUGUGUGUCGCAGUGGCCACUGCAUCGAGUCCCACCUGGUGUGUGACAGCAAGGCCGACUGCGCUGAUGAAUCGGAUGAGAUGGACUGUGAGCACAUCUUCGGCUUGCCAGGCGCUUGUAGUUUCAACAUGGACGAAUCCGAGUGGGAGGAGAGCUGCCAGCUCACUCAGGACGCCGAUGACGACUUUGAUUGGAGGAUCGGCCGAUGGACUGAGACACCGGGAGCUGGACCUCACGCCGACCACAGUCCCGGUGGUGGAGGGAGCUUCUUGUACAUACACUCAGCUACUCAGAGGGAGGGCGACAUCGCCAGGGUGACAACCAGGAGUCCGUUUCCUGCCAGUAUCGGCCAGUGUCACCUGCGCUUCUGGUUCUACAUGCACGGCUCCGACAGGAUGGGAACACUGAAGGUCUACACUGUUGGACCGAGCGGCACCAGUCUGCUGAUGUGGGCAGCCACUGGAAACCACGGUAACCAGUGGACAUAUGCUAAUGUCAUCCUGUCGAACAUGGCACCUUUCAGGGUGACCUUCCAGGCCGAGGCGGGCGGGGACGUGUGGACGGACAUCGCCCUGGAUGACAUCUCCUACACCGCGGAGUGUAUGGAAGGACCAGUGACUCCGCAGCCUCUCACCUGUGCUGUGGACCAGUACCAGUGUAUGUACUCCUUUCAGUGUAUCCCGGAGAACUGGAGGUGUGAUGGAGAGCUGGAUUGUGCCGACCAGUCUGACGAGGAGUUUUGCCCCGCUGUGGUGCCUGGUACCGUUCCUCCUCAGCUCAGCUGCCCUGUUGGACAUUACCAGUGUCUAAACAACACCUGCCUCCCCUCGUUACUGCGCUGCGACGGCGUCCCAGAUUGUCCUGAUGGAGAGGAUGAGUACGGCUGCUCUCUGCUGCAGUGUGAUCCAGGGGAACUGGUGUGUGAAGGUUCGCCUGUUUGUAUCCCACUCCAGAAUCGCUGUGACCGCUCUGCCGACUGUCUGCCUUUUCACUCUGAUGAGUCCAGCUGCCAUGAGUGUCCUCGUCUGUAUUGCCUGGAUCGUGGCUCAUGCCUUGUGGGGAGACACGGGCCUGUCUGCAAGUGUAAUCCGGGAUGGACAGGCAACCGCUGCCACGUGAAAGAGAAGCCGUCUCUGUCCACCUUGACACCCACACCAGAGGACAUACAGCUGGGGGACGUUCUCUCCUGUCUAGACUCUGUGUACGUCGGCAUCGCCAUCGGACUGCUGCUGCUCGUGGCCGGAGUCGCCGUCUGCCUUCUGGCUUUAUGCAAGCAAAGAUGUUUGUCCAUAAAGUCCAACACGAUGGACCACAGCGAGAUGGAUAACCCGGCGUUCGACUGGAGAGCAGAGCUCCCGUCCCUGCGUGAAGGGCCAGUCGGUUGUGCCAGACACAACCCAGAGGGGAGCGAUGUUCCGGGGCUUUCUGUCAGCGUCUACCCCUGGAGGAGGGAAGUGGAGCUGACUUCGGCCUGGAAGGAUGCCAAGCUGUCCUUCGCCAACCCGUUGUACAAUUACCCCCCCGGUGAUAAUGGCGCUGACUGCAGAAGCUCCGAAGCAUAAAAACGAUGGACUUUACAUAUUGACUCUGCAGUAGAUGGGGGUCGAACAGUGCGUAAACAUCCUCGAUGAGCUUGUCUUGACCCGCUGAGGUGCCAAGCCGGGCGGAUAUGAUGCAAAGAGUGGAAGAAAGUUUGCAAGGAAGCAUUUGAAUGUCAAUUCUGAUGUUGCUGUUGUGAUCUGGCUGCACUAUAGCCCAUGAUUGUUGAGUUGGGGACAAAUUGUGCCCACAUGAAUGCCAAUAAAUUUUGUUUAAAUAACGCCUUAAAGAGGUGAAAACAA